AUGGAUGAACGUCCAGCGAAACGCACAAAACGCACAACGAGUGCCGCCAUGUGGGAUGAGAACGAGACGCCAGACUCCCUGCCUAGUUCGAGCGGACGUGACCACAAGCCCAAGCCGCGCGACACCCAGGACGAGGAUCGCCGCGGGCCCAGACGAGACGACGAGCGCAGAAGGAGAUCGAGGUCGCGAGACACCCCCGACGGACGGAGGGAUCGGAGCAGAUCAAGAGAGAGACCAGCGCACCAGAUCGAAAUCGAGACAGAGGAGGUGGCGGUGGACGAGACAGAGAUGUCAAUGGCCACGGUCGGCGAGAGAGGAGCCGUGACAGACAGCGAGAUUCAAAAGAUUACCGAGCUGAACGCUCACACCGACGCUCAAGAUCACGCUCACCGGCCCGGAACGGCGGUCGUGAUGCUGAACAAGACCGAGGAUGACGAUGUGAAGCCACCAAAGGCCAGAGGGGAAGAGGAUGUGUCCGCCCACGCGGAUAAACCAGUAGCCAACGGCGAUACCAUGGCCAUUGAUGAAGACGACGAAGACGCCCUACUGAGGAAGAUGAUGGGGUUUACCAUGUUCAAGACGACACACAACACCAAGGUGCCUGGGAACCAGAUCUACGGCGUAAGGAAGGAAAAGAAGACUACCUACAGACAGUACAUGAAUCGUGUCGGUGGAUUCAACAGACCUCUGAGCCCGUCGAGGUGA